AUGCAGAGAGCCAAUCACUCCACAGUGACCCAAUUCAUCCUUGCCGGCUUCUCUGCCUUCCCCCACCUCCAGCUGAUGCUCUUCCUGCUGUUCCUACUGAUGUACCUGUUCACGCUGCUGGGCAACCUGCUCAUCAUGGCCGCCAUCUGGAGCGAGCGCAGCCUCCACACGCCCAUGUACCUCUUCCUGUGCACCCUCUCUGUCUCCGAGAUCCUCUACACCGUGGCCAUCAUCCCGCGCAUGCUGGCCGACCUGCUGUCCACCCAGCGCUCCAUCGCCUUCCUGGCCUGUGCCAGUCAGAUGUUCUUCUCCUUCAGCUUCGGCUUCACCCACUCCUUCCUGCUCACCGUCAUGGGCUAUGACCGCUACGUGGCCAUCUGCCACCCACUGCGCUACAACGUGCUCAUGAGCCCGCGGGGCUGCACCUGCCUGGUGGGCUGCUCUUGGGCUGGUGGCUCAGUCAUGGGGAUGGUGGUGACCUCGGCCAUUUUCCACCUCACCUUCUGUGGACCCAAUGAGAUCCACCAUUUUGCUUGCCAUGUGCCACCUCUGUUGAAGUUGGCCUGUGGAGACGAUGUGCUGGUGGUGGCCAAAGGAGUGGGCUUGGUGUGUAUCACGGCCCUGCUGGGCUGUUUUCUCCUCAUCCUCCUCUCCUAUGCCUUCAUCGUGGCCACCAUCUUGAAGAUCCCUUCUGCUGAAGGUCAGAACAAGGCCUUCUCCACCUGUGCCUCUCACCUCACUGUGGUGGUCGUGCACUAUGGCUUUGCCUCUGUCAUUUACCUGAAGCCCAAAGGUCCCCAGUCUCUGGAAGGAGACACCUUGAUGGGCAUCACCUACACGGUCCUCACACCCUUCCUCAGCCCCAUCAUCUUCAGCCUCAGGAACAAGGAGCUGAAGGUCGCCAUGAAGAAGACCUUCUUCAGUAAAUUCUACCCAGAAAAAAAUGUAAUGAUCUAG